AUGAAACCACAGGCAUGGGAAUCUUGGCUUGAGACCAAAGGGAUUGAUUUUCUGGACCACGAUCUUGCUGAUUCGUGUUGCCCAUUACAAGUUGGGAGAUGUGUUCAGAUUGGACUGAUCUGUGUUAAACACCAGCCUGUAGAGAGACCAAACACACUUGAGUUACUGUCUAUGCUCACCACAACAUCAGAUCUUCCAUCACCAAAACAACCCGUAUUUGCAUUGCAUACUCGAGAUGAUGAACCCACGUCUAACGAUGUGAACACCGUCAAUGGAUUGACACAAUCUGUGAUCCAAGGGCGUUAA